GAUUGGGGAAUUUGAAGACUUGAGGAACCCUACUAAUUUAUGGUUCUCUUCUCUAGCAGUUUGAUGUUUUUUAUCUUUCUUUUUUGGGGUCUGGUUCCCUCUGUCAUUGCAUCUACCAUUCUACGUUGUCUGAUUUUUCUAGGCCCCUCUCCAAUUUCCACAAUGCCCCUAAAUAUCGCGCACCAGGCGCAUGUUAGAAUCUUAGAGACAACUUUUUAAGCCAUUAACUUGUACAGAAAGAAAAGAGAGAUACCAACUAAACUCGGCGGAAACCCUAGCUUUUCCUCUCGGAUCACUCUAGAUCCGCGAUCAGUUUUAGUUUGAGUUCUUCACCUGGCAGUUCAAGUGAAUUUGUUUGAGUGUUUUUUAUUUAUUUGGAACGGAGUUGUUUUGAACUGUUCUCGCUUUAUAAUCCCCAACUUCGUACUUUUCCUCCUGAUCAUUUCUUUUUUUCGGUUCUGUUAUUUUAUAGUUUAGUUACUGCAAGAUGACUCAGGAUGUAGAGAUGAAAGAGCUUCCAGCUCCUUCGAAUUUUGUUUCUUCUACUGUUCCGCCAACGUUGCAGCAUUUGAAGGAGAUAACAUCACUUAUCGAGACAGGUGCCUAUGCUAGAGAGGUUCGUCGAAUCGUGCGAGCUGUUCGCCUUACAAUGGCAUUGAGGCGGAGGCUUAAGGCACCGGUGCUAUCCGCAUUCCUCAAUUUUGCGCUUGUCCCAGGUUCUGAAGCUCACAUUCGGUUGUCUUCAUAUCUUCCUAAGGGAGAUGAGCAUGCCAUGGAAGUUGAUACUGCCCCUUCCACAACUCAAACUCCUGUCAAGCACUCCUUGCCAGAGCUUGAGAUUUACUGUUACUUGCUUGUGUUAAUAUUUCUGAUUGAUCAGAAAAGAUAUAAUGAGGCGAAGUCUUGUUCUUCUGCAAGCAUUGCUCGCCUAAAGAACUUGAAUAGGAGAACUGUUGAUGUUCUGGCAUCCAGGCUGUACUUCUAUUACUCCUUCAGCUAUGAACUGACAGGAGAUCUUGCUGAAAUACGUGGCAAUCUCCUUGCUUUGCAUCGGAUUGCCACAUUACGCCAUGAUGAACUGGGUCAGGAAACCCUUCUCAACCUGUUACUUCGCAACUACUUGCAUUACAACUUGUAUGAUCAGGCAGAGAAACUAAGGUCAAAGGCACCACGUUUUGAAGCACACUCAAAUCAGCAGUUUUGUAGAUACCUCUUCUACCUAGGAAAGAUCAGGACAAUUCAGUUGGAAUAUACAGACGCAAAGGAGAGUCUCCUGCAGGCUGCCAGAAAAGCCCCUGUCGCAGCCCGUGGCUUCCGUGUUCAAUGCAACAAGUGGGCUGUCAUAGUCCGCUUACUACUUGGGGAGAUUCCUGAGCGCACUGUGUUUAUGCAGAAAGGGAUGCAGAAGGCCUUGAGGCCAUACUUUGAGCUUACAAAUGCUGUUCGGAUUGGGGAUCUGGAAUUGUUCAGGACUGUUGCUGAGAAGUUCACAGAUACUUUUAGUUCAGAUCGGACCCACAAUUUGAUUGUGAGGCUCCGUCAUAAUGUUAUAAGGACUGGAUUACGCAACAUUAGCAUCUCUUACUCUCGUAUCUCAUUGGCAGAUGUUGCGAAAAAAUUGAGGUUGGACUCCACAAAUCCUGUUGCUGAUGCUGAGAGUAUUGUAUCUAAGGCAAUCCGAGAUGGUGCUAUUGAUGCUACAGUGGAUCAUGCAAAUGGGUGUAUGGUAUCAAAGGAGACCGGAGAUAUUUACUCUACAAAUGAGCCCCAAUUUGCAUUCAAUUCAAGGAUAGCCUUCUGCCUUAACAUGCAUAAUGAGGCGGUGCGUGCUCUGAGGUUCCCACCCAAUUCCCACAAAAAGGAAAAGGAAAGUGCUGAGAAGAGGAGAGAGAGGCAACAACAGGAGCAGGAACUUGCUAAGCAUAUUGCCGAGGAAGACGACGAUGAAUUUUGACUUCAGUUUUGCUCUGUCCAAUCUAUUGGUAGCAACUGUCAUUUCUUGUAUUUGUUGCUUUGUUAAAAUGUCAUAUCGGGAUGUUAUUAAUUUUCUUGAAUUGAUAACUGAUCCUAUCGAAUUACUGUUCUUAUUGCUUUUUCUGUUUUAUAGUGACUAUUCUUUAUGCUGUUUCUGGUA